UUAGGUUCCGCUGAUUCUGCGGUUUCCGAAAGAGAAUCCCGAAGAAUUCCUCCGAACUGAUAAACGUGCUUAAUCACCUGAAACCUGCGAGUUUGAACGCUCAGCAGAUCUGCUCAAAAGAGGGAAAAGAAACGCAAAGUAACGACUUUAUCAAGUUCUAACAACUUCAGUACACUUCCACACUUAACAAUUCUUCAACCAGAACAUCUUUGAGCCGUUGAAAACAAGACUAUCUUCGCCGAUUGCAAUCGAUUGCAGACAGAAGUCAGAGAGACUUGAGGGAAGGGGGGGGGAUACUUUGUCUUGGAGUUGAUCCCAGCGACUUCUGAGGUCAUUCAGCAUGAAGUGUUUCUCCCGGGAAUGGCUGAGAGGGAUUGCUCUACUAUUUAUAUCCCAGGCAGCUGUCGCAAUGGUGAUCCCAAAUUCGACUCACUUGGAGGCUAUGUUGGAAAAGUACAUGGAUGAGGAUGGAGAGUGGUGGGUGUCCAAGCAAAGAGGCAAGCGUGCGAUCACCGAGAGUGAUAUGCAGAUUAUCCUCGAUCUUCAUAAUAAACUCAGGGGUCAAGUUUAUCCAUCUGCUUCAAAUAUGGAGUACAUGGUAUGGGAUACAGAACUGGAGAGAUCUGCAGAGGCGUGGGCAGAAACGUGCUUGUGGGAACAUGGCCCAGCUAGCCUUCUUCCCUCUAUUGGACAAAACCUUGGAGCUCACUGGGGCAGAUACCGGCCCCCUUCAUUUCAUGUUCAGGCCUGGUACGAUGAAGUGAGAGACUACACCUAUCCUUACCCCCAGGAAUGCAACCCCUAUUGUCCCUUCAGGUGCUCUGGGCCUGUCUGCACUCACUACACACAGGUAGUUUGGGCAACCAGUAACCGGAUUGGCUGUGCUAUCAACUUGUGCCACAAUAUGAACAUCUGGGGACAGAUCUGGCCUAAAGCAGUCUACCUUGUUUGCAAUUACUCUCCAAAGGGAAACUGGUGGGGUCAUGCUCCGUACAAACAUGGUCGCUCCUGCUCUGCAUGUCCACCCAGCUAUGGUGGAGGCUGUAAAGAAAACCUGUGCUAUAAAGAUGAUGGAUCAGACGGACACUACCCACCCCAAGAACCUGAAGAAACAAACUACAUCGAGCCAGAAAUAUCACGAACUCAGAGACCCAAGCCAAGACAAAACACACCCACCUCCACUACACCCAACGCGGAUCUAGACAGAAACGAAGUUGUCAAUACUCAGCAGAUGUCUCAAAUAGUCACAUGUGAAACAAGACUGCGUGACAAAUGCAAAGGAACAACCUGCAAUAGAUAUGAAUGCCCUGCUGGGUGCUUAUACAGUAAAGCAAAAGUCAUUGGAAGUGUCUAUUUUGAAAUGCAAUCCAGUAUUUGCAGAGCUGCUAUGCAUUAUGGAGUUAUAGACAAUGAAGGUGGCUGGUUAGAUGUUACACGACUAGGAAGAAAGGAAUACUUCAUUAAAUCCAAUAAGCAUGGGGUGCAGUCAAUAGGAAAAUAUCAGUCGGCCAAUUCCUUUACAGUGUCAAAAGUAACAGUGAAAGCAGCAACCUGUGAGACAACAGUUGCACAACUAUGCCCAUUCGAAAAACCAGUCAGGCACUGUCCCAGGAUAUACUGUCCUCGUAACUGCAUGCAGGAGAACCCACAUUUUGCCCGUGUCAUCGGAACCCGUAUUUAUUCUGAUAAAUCCAGUAUAUGCAGAACAGCAGUCCAUGCUGGUGUGAUUCGGAACCAUUUAGGAGGCUAUAUUGAUGUGAUGCCUGUGGACAAAAGAAUACAGUACAUUGCCUCAUAUCAAAAUGGGAUAUUCUCAGAAAGCCUUCAAAACCCCCCCGGAGGCAAGGCAUUCCGAAUUUUUGCUGUUAUUUGAAUGGCUCACGUGGACUAUCCCAAAAAACGGAGCACUUGGCACUGAGCAGGCGAUGAUCACAAACGUUCCCCCCACAUUUCUGAUGGUGCAUAGCACUGACGCCAGUAACUCUUCCCAGUGCAAUCAGAAAGCUUACUCUUUUACAGAUUUGGAUCACAAAAAAAAAAUAACGACGAUGAUGACAUUGUUCACUCUUGCCUCUCCUUAAUUGGCAACAUUACCAUUCUUUGUGACCAUGUGUAUUUUAUGUAUUUACCAUUCUGUGCUGUAAAUAUGUCAAAAUGUGUAUCAAAUGUGUUUGUAGUGAUUGGAAUUUGUUUUGCUAGCUAGCAUCUCCCAUCUAAAAACACAACUGGGUCUGUUACAGAAAUGUUCUUUUGGAGUAAAAGCACUUACAGUUUCAUAUCCACCAAUUCUUUUUUUAGCACAUCACAAAUAUGACGUACAUAGUGCUAUUGAAAUGUGGUUUAAAGACUGGAGUUGUUUGUGAUUUGUUAAAAAAAAGUAACAUUAAGCUUUUAGUUUUACAUGGUUAUAAGUACUAUUCAGUCAAAGGAUGCUGCUAAUUCUUAUUUUGUAUAAAAUAAAUUUAUUAACUGCUAUUAGACUCUGAAACUGUAAAAGCCUGGCUAAUACUCCUGCAGGCCAGGAUGUAUAACGCUAUAAAAAUAUUUUUAAAGGUACAAUAUUUGCUUUCACCUCUCUAAGAGAUACCAAGUGGUGAGAAGUUUGAUAUGCUUAGAUUUUACAAUUUCAAGAUGUGUAAAAGCAUACUGUAUUGAUGAAAUACUGUUUGUAUGAAAGUUAUAUUGUGGUCGAAAAAUGGAAAGUGGUUUAAAAGUUUAUUUAUAUAACAGCACUUUGCUGUUUAAAGGUGCUGUUUCAUUAACCCCAUAUGUACUUUUAAAAAAUCUUUCCUCUUGUGGUUGCCUGUAUGUUAGUGAUAUGUACUACCUCACAUGCCCAGAUAAGCUUUGCGAUGUGUUCUGUUUUCACUAAAGGUACU